CGCCAGAGUGCCUGACAGACGGACUUCAAGAUGGCGCCUUACAUGGCUGGACUUACGCUGUUACGUUGUUGUUAUUGUUUUUGGUUGUUUUUACCGUUUAAAAGCGCUACUCAACUUCUCAAUGAACCAUGUUACAAGCCCAUCAAUGACAGCAGGCCAGACUUUGUCCGAACGCGCCCUCGACCCCACGAGUACAUGAAGGCAUCGGACCUUCCUCGCUCAUGGGACUGGAGGAACGUGGAUGGGCAGAAUUACGUGAGCGUCACCAGGAACCAGCACAUCCCGCAGUACUGCGGCUCCUGUUGGGCCAUGGGAGCCACCAGCGCACUUGCUGACCGCAUCAACAUUAAGCGUGGGGGCGCGUGGCCGUUGGCGUAUCUGUCGGUCCAGAACGUCAUCGACUGCGGGCGAGCGGGAUCGUGUUACGGUGGCGAUGACCUGGGCGUGUACGCCUACGCUCACGAGAGUGGCAUCCCGGAUGAGACCUGCAACAACUACCAAGCCAAAAACCAAAAGUGUGAGCUUUUCAACCAGUGCGGCUCGUGCGCCUCCAUGGCGUCAUGCGAUGUGGUCAGGAACUACACCACGUGGAAAGUGGAUGAUUAUGGGAGAGUCUCAGGCAGAGACCAUAUGAAAGCGGAGAUUUACACGAACGGGCCCAUCAGUUGUUCUCUGAUGGCCACCAAGGGCCUUGAUGGCUACACGGGGGGCAUCUUUUCAGAGUUUCACCCCCUUUCACUGCCCAAUCACAUCGUGUCUGUAGCUGGCUGGGGCAUCACGGAUGACAGCACAGAGUUUUGGAUCGUCAGGAACUCCUGGGGAGAGUUUUGGGGAGAACACGGCUGGGCCCGAAUAGUCACCAGUGCCUUUAAAGGUGGCAAAGGCAACUGGUUCAACUUGGGGAUCGAGAAACGAUGUGCAUAUGGAGAUCCUAUUGUAAAGUCAUAGAUUAUUAUUAUUUGUAUUAAUGUACACUUGUCAUGAAUACAUUUCUAUGUUGUUGAGGAAAUGAUCAAAUUUAUCAUGACAACUUUUGCUGUAGCUGUGUGAUCAUGAUAUACAAUAAAAGGUGGUUGCUCCACAA